AUGGCCUCAGUGAUAAGGCCCUGCCUUCAACAUGGGGUUAGCAACAAAACCACCAACAACGCUCAUCAGCGUCACCUCAAUCCCGAGUAUACCAUUGUUGAACAGCCCAUCGGCACCCGACGGUCCCUUCGCAUCGUCUGUCUCGGCGCAGGGUACUCGGGUCUUAUGAUGGGCAUUGUCUUCAAUGAGCGCAUGAAGGAUGCCAAUGCAGAAUUCGUUAUUUAUGAGCGAAAUGCUGAUUUGGGAGGAACUUGGUAUGAAAACCGAUACCCAGGAUGUCAGUGUGAUAUCCCAGCACAUAAUUAUGCCUACAGCUUUGCUGCCAACUCAGAGUGGCCAAAUUAUUACGCCACAGCAGAGCAGAUUCACUCCUAUAUGAAAGAUGUGGCCAAACAAUACGAGGUUGAGAAGUAUAUUCGCCUUCAGCAUUCAGUCGAGUCUGCUAUUUGGAAUGAAGAAAAGGGAAAGUGGGAUCUCCAAAUCAGGAAUGGUUCUAUUCUGGUCCAAGAUGAAUGUGAUGUCUUCAUUAAUGCCAGCGGUGUGUUGAACAAUUGGAAAUGGCCUUCAAUUGAGGGGCUAGACGAUUUUAAAGGAAGACUCAUGCACUCGGCGCAUUGGGAUGCCAGCUACGACUUUACCGGAAAGAGUGUUGCAUGUAUCGGAAUCGGAUCGUCAGGCAUUCAGAUUGUCCCUAAACUUGCCAGUGUUGUCGCAAAUAUGGACUGCUACGUACGAAGUCAAACAUGGAUCAGCCCAGCUCCUGGUAUCAACGAGCCAACAGCAAAUGAUCCAGAAAUGGAUAAGGAUUAUAAUUUCGCAGAAAGUACUUUAGAGCUGUUCAAGGAUCCUAAAGCUCUUCGUGACUAUCGUGCUGCUAUUAUGAACCGAAGAGCAGAAAACUUCAACCGGGUGAUAGCUGAUUGUGACCUUCAGCAACAAGCUCAAGAUCUCUUCAGAAAGUCCAUGACCGACCGUUUGGGUACCACUGAGAAGGGAAAGCGCGCAGCUGAACUUCUAGUGCCCUCGUUCCCAGUUGGAUGCCGUCGCCAAACACCGGGACCAGGUUUCCUAGAGGCCAUUAUUCAGGACAAUGUCGAGUUAAGAUGGGACGACGUCUCAAAAAUUACCGAGCGAGGAAUUCUUACGCGAAGCGGCGUUGAGUUGGAAUAUGACAUUAUCGUCUGCGCCACGGGCUUUGACACUUCAUUCAAGCCUUCAUUCCCACUUGUUGGCCGAAACGGAGUCAACAUGGCGGAGAAGUGGGAAAAGGAUAUCCCAAAGGCAUACAUGGGCAUGUGUGUGCCAGAAUUCCCAAACUACUUCUGCUUCGUAGGACCCAAUUCACCGCUGGCCAACGGGUCACUGAUUCUCGGAAUCCAAGCAACCGCCACCUAUAUCUACAAAUGGAUGGAAAAGAUGCAAACAGAAGGUGUUCGCAGCUUUGAGGUCGACGAUGAUGUCAACGAAGAGUACAACCAGCAUAUCCAGAAGUACCUUGAACGUACAGUGUGGACUCGAGAUUGCCGCAGUUGGUACAAGCGUGGUACUAUCGAUGGCCCUGUUAUCGCCAUCUACGGCGGAUUGAUCUUUCACCUCUUGGAGGCUAUAAAGAACCCACGUUGGGAGGACUUUAAAAUGGAUCGGACGCCUGAAGCCAAGAUCAACCGGUUCUCAUAUCUGGGUAACGGAACAACUCUAAGAGAAGCCAAGGGAGGUGACAUCGGUGCCACGCAGACUCUAGACUUUGAUGAGUUCUGGAAUCUGUUUGUCCUCCCACAGGUUCAUGACUAG